AUGGUAGAAGAGCAAGAACUUUGUCUUAUGGAUUCACGUAGUGUAACGCCUCAGUACGUUGAAAUAUCUUCUGCAAUUCCGCGAGAAAGCAGUAGUGCAGUAUCGUUGGCGCAUAUUUCAUCGGAUGACGAACAGCAUUCUGAAUAUCAUUUGGAAACAUCAACUGAGUCAGUGUUUCGGACACCAGCUGUAAGUACACGUGGUCGAAAACGUCGACAGUUAGAAGAUAUUACCUCGGGAUUAGUUGAAUCGACCACAGCUAUUCAGGGUAAAAGAGGGCGCCCACGAAAUAGUACACGAGGGCGAGGUGUUGGUCGUCGCAUAAAUAACGCACAGUCUCAAGAAGACGCUGACGAAAGCAGUUUGUUCAGCUUGGUUAAAAGGGGAAAAAAUUUACAAGUAGUAAUCAAUAACUGGAUAGAAGAGUAUGAAAGGCAUCCAGAAAAUGCUCUUGUGCAAUUGCAGCAGUUUUUUAUUUCAUGUUGUGGAUGCAAGGGCGUGAUUUCAUCUGUCAUGCUUCAAACUAUGGAAUAUAGUGAAAUAAUUCGUCAAAUGACUGAUCAGUUUGAUGAAGACAGCGGAGAUUACCCUUUAAUCAUGCCAGGACCUCAGUGGAAAAAAUUUAAACAAACGCUGGCAGAUUUUGUCUUGCUUUUGGUAAACAAAUGCAAAUCAAACUAUAUUUUCGAUCAACGUUUGAUGGAUGGGGUUAUUCAGCUACUCACAGGUUUAGCUGAUAGUCAAGCACUUCAUUUUUCAAUCUUUCCCAAUAUUUCAGCUAUGAAAUUGUCAUCUUCUCUUGUUGAUGUUGCUUUGGAAUUGGUAGAUCUCAAAACAAAAAAUGUUAAGCAGGUUGAAACGGAAAAAGCAAAAUUAAGAGCAGAAGCCCCCAACAAUCGUCUUGAUGUUUUGAUUAAUAAGAAAACUGAAAUCGAUGACAAAACUGAAGAUAUCAGGCAGAUGUUAGCUUACAUUUUCAAAAGCGUUUUUGUACAUCGUUAUCGAGAUGUGGUGCCUGACAUUCGCAGCAUCUGUAUCAAUGAAUUGGGUCAGUGGAUGUCUGUUUACCCGGAUCAUUUUCUAGACGAUUCUUAUCUCAAAUAUAUUGGAUGGUCUUUGUAUGACAAGGUAAGCGAUGUACGCUUGAAGUGCGUUUCGGCACUUCUUCCUCUUUAUAACGUACCACAUCUGGCACAAAAAUUGGAGCUUUUUACUAAUAAGUUCAAAGAUCGACUCGUUAGCAUGGUCAUGGAUAAAGAUUGCGAAGUUGCUGUGCGUACUUGUCAGUUACUGACCGAAAUCUAUCGGGUUUAUCCGGAGGUUUUAACUGUGAAAGAUUGUGUUCCUAUUUAUGAAUUAGUUUAUUGUAAUCACCGAGGUCUAGCUCAGGCAGCUGGAGAAUUUUUAAACACAAAGGUUUUUCAAAUCCUGGAAGUUAUGUCAUCAGAAAAAAAGCGAGCUAGUGAUAAUUCCAAGCAGUUAAUCAUUGAUCUAGUUCAAUUCUUUGUGGAAGGCGAUUGUCAUGAUCAUGCAGCCUAUCUUGUUGAUGCUCUCAUUGAUACUAAUCCGAUGAUCAAAGAUUGGAAAACCAUGUCUGAUUUGUUGCUGUCUGGCGAAGCUGAAGGAUUUGAGAGUGAAUUGAUCGAAGUACUGGCAUGCUCCGUUAAACAAGCCGCUACAGCUGAAAGCCCCGUUGGACGAACUUAUUCGACUAAAAAAGGAUCAGCUGUUAAUAAAGACGCACGUGUGCUACAAGAAGAUAGAUCUCGUCUUUCUGAAAAUUUAAUCCCUCAACUACCACAACUUCUUCAGCGUGCAAGUAUUUCAUAUGCCAACUUUAUUGCUGAUAGAGACAAAGUAGCGAAUUUGAUUACUGUGCCACUUUUCUUUGAACUUGAUAUGUACAUGGCUAGCAGACUAGAAAAGCAUCUGGAUGAAUUAAUGAGUACCUUGGAAAGUAUCGUAGAAAAGCAUGCAGAUGAUGAAAUUCUUCAGAGUGUUGCCGAAGUGAUGUCAUAUUUUUCUACUAAUAUUAGUGUAGCUCAGCAUACAGAAACUCAUCGUUUGAAAAUGUUAGACGGUUUAGCACUUCAGUUACGUCAUUCUGUGCAGCAUUUUCAUCGAGAACAAGCACUAGAUGAAGAAGACGAUGCAGCCAUGCUUGCUGCAUUUCGAAAAAUUACGGCUUUCGCAAUGUUUGAAGACCUGAAAAAGUGGCAGCUUUGGGAUGUGGCAUUCAGUGUAUUGACAAAUGGGGAAGAGAAACAAGUAUCUCGUGAUGUUGGAGAAAAAGCUGUUGUUUUAUUGUUUGCAUCACUAUGUUGGGAUGUGAGUCGUUUGACCCGUGAACAGGAACCUAACAAAGAGGAAGCACUGAGGAGACUACAGAGACAUAAAGAAGAAUUCACUGAGCUUGUAACAUCAAUCAUGAUGAGUGGUGCAUCAGGCGUUGAAAAUGCAUUUUUGUGUUUUGUUGAUGCAUUAAUGAUGUUUAAUGGGAUGGACGAGAAAAGUUUGGCUAUAAAAUUAGAUAAUGAGAUUAUUCGAGCACUCUCAAUGUUUGUUCAAGAUAACGUUUUUGUAGAAGAAAAUGAGUCAGAACAGUUGCUAGAUCAACAAACGCAAGUAGAAUUAAUGCAUAAGCGGCGGAAGAUACUUGUUCAAUUUUGUAAGCUGAUAUUGCAUGGUAUACUGCCGAUUUAUGAAGCUUGUGUAGUGCUGCAGUUUUACACAAAGUUUUAUACCGAUUUUGGGGACAUUUUGAAGACUCUUCUUACGAAAUGUCGUGAUAUGGAUAGAUUAAGUUGUGCGAAAGCUGUAAUCACUGCGCUUUCUCAUCAUUACGAGGAAAUUAAGCGUUCUUCUUCUAAGAACUUUGUUGACCCAAAUUCGGAUGAAUUUGCAUCAAUUCGUGAUCUCGCAAAACGUUUUUCUAGUCUGUUUGGCUCCGACUUCAUCAAAAAUCGUGAGGCAUUAGCCAUCAUUCACAAGGAUGGUAUAGUAUUUGCCGUGAAAAGUGAUGAAGAUGGAAGUGGACCGGUCGAAAAUAGAAAUAUAAGUUUUCUGGAAAUCCUGUGUGAAUUUAGCAAUAAGUUACUGCGGCAGGAUAAACUUUCUAUACUUAAAUAUUUGGAAAAACACGGUGAACGAUUCGUCAGUGAAGAACCGUAUAUAAUCUAUAAAGCUUCUUUACAGGAACGAAUUGACGAAGCGACAUCUGCGCGAAAUCCUGUUGUACGUGGAAGAGGUAGAGGACGUGGGCGUGGGAGAGGCACGCCAACUUACGCAUCAACAGCGUCUGUAUAUGGGGGUGACGAGUAA